AUGGACAUGAAUACAACCUCAAAGCCCGAUUCUACGGACAGAACGAGUGACGACAGUAUUUCCGCCUUGGAUAUUUCACUGAUAAUACUAAAGGUUCCUCUCAGCCCUCUAAUAGUUGUCACAAAUAGUGUGGUUUUAGUCGCCAUCUGGAAAACAACCUCUUUGCACACUCCUGGCAACAUGCUACUGUGCAACCUCGCUGUCUCGGACUUAGCAGUUGGGUUACUGAUCCAACCUCUGUUUAUCCUCAACACCUUAAGGAAGUUGGUUGUUAACGAUGAUAUAUUAUCUUCCGUCUCUAAGACAAAAGACAUUGCAGGCAUCUGUCUCUGUGGUGUGUCCUUCCUCACCGUCACAGCCAUCAGCCUGGAUAGGAUGAUUGCUCUAAAAUUUCACCUACGGUACAACAGUCUUGUCACCAUGAACAAAACAGCUCUUGCAAUUGCUGUGAUAUGGACGGUGUCUGGUUUCUCCUCCAGUUCGAAACUGUUGAAGGUGCAUGCUUUGUAUCCAGUCUUUGGUCUUAUCAUAGUGUCUUGUCUUGUUGCCAAUUUCUUUGCGUAUUUUGAGGUUUAUAGAGUAGUUAUUCGACAUCGGGGACAAAUUCACUCCCAGAUGCAAGUUAUGUCAGCCAAUGCAGGCCAAGGGAUGCGCUUCAAACAGCUCAGAAGAUCUGCCGUGACCAUAUUUUAUGUGUAUUGUCUUUUCCUUCUUUGUUAUCUUCCCUACAUUGCAACACUUGUCGCUGCUGUUUUCGUACGAACAAGCUUCGGCAAGUAUUAUGCAGUCCCUAGUACAAUUGUUUUUCUUAAUUCUGUCCUCAACCCUGUGAUGUAUUUUUGGCGUCAGUCUAACAUACGACAAGCGGUAAAGCGGAUUCUGAAAUUUAGAACCCCUUGA